CGACAACCACCGUGCCUAAAACCACGUUCAAAGAAGUGUAGCAAGAUGGACGAGCGUGUGGAGAGAAUAAAGAACAAGAUCACUGCCUACCCCGAUUUUCCAAAACCUGGUAUUCUCUUCAGAGACAUCUUUUCAGUCCUCCAGACUCCUCCUGUAUUCCAUGAUUUGAUGGCAGUUCUUGAAGAAAAGGUCAAGUCAAUCUGCCCUGAUGUAGAUAUUAUCAUGGGCCUGGAUUCAAGAGGGUUUUUAUUUGGUGCUCCGCUAGCUUUGUCCCUGAACAAGCCUUUCGUACCGGUGAGGAAGAGGGGGAAGUUGCCCGGAGAAUUGAAGCAGAUAUCUUACACCCUGGAGUAUGGAACGGAUGUCUUUGAGGCUCAGGCAUCUAGCAUAAAGCCAGGUCAGAAGGUGGUAGUUAUUGAUGACCUUCUUGCGACAGGAGGUUCAAUGAAAGCUGCCUCUGAAUUAGUGAAGGAAAUGGGGGGUGUUGUUGCACUGUGCCUUGUAUGCAUUGAACUUGUAGAUUUGAAGGGGAGAGACAAAUUGAAAGAUCCAUGUGAGGCUAUUGUGAAGUACUAAUGUGUUUUUUUUAUCAGAAAUCCAUAUUAGAAAGUGCUGGAUGUGACCAAGAAGUUUUAAAGUAUUUAGAUUGCCAGCAAAGAACUGAUAAAAGUUUGAUAUUGAUUAUUAUUUUGAGAAAAUAUUAUAUUAGGAAACUUGCAUAUUUUGUAAACGAAAAGCCUCUUUGCUUAUAUAUUUUUAUUAUAUCUAUUAAUUCUUUGUAGAGAUGGCCAGUUUCUUUUUGACAAAAUUACAUAUAUAUGCACCCCCUCCUGAUUGCUUGAGUGUUUCCUUAGUUAUUAACAGUCACUUUGUUAUAGAACCUUUACAAGUGUCGUGACAGGUGCAGCAUAUCAGCAGAUUUGUAACAAAAGCUACUCUUUCUUUUGAAAUCUCUUAAUUAUGAAGUUUGAUGUGCAUAGUUUGAACGAACAUGGGAGCAAAACACCAACCAUAUAUGUUCUUAGUUCAAGGUGUACUUUAAAUUGAAUUUAUCGUUGUUCAGGUAAUACAAUAUUGCACUUUUUGAUUGAAGCACAGUUCUAGUCUCAGGUGUCUGUUUUUAAGACAAAGAUUUCUUAAAAACUUUUGAACAACACAUGUACAACAACUGUUUAUACAUUACUUGUGAUAAAAAGUAGUAUAGCUUGUAUAUCAGUUCACAUGAAUUUGUUUUGAUUCAACUUUUACUUGAUUGCUUGAUGAUACAGCUAACAGAAAUGGAUUUAGAAUAAUACAAAGUUUGAUAUGAUGUCAAUGCAAACCUUUAUAGUUCAGCUCCUUCAUGCCAGUACCAUCCACUGUCCACUGUG